UGGGACCACGGCAAGACCACCCUGACAGCCGCCAUCACUAAAGUGCUGUCGGCAGGGGGCGGGGCGCAGUUCCGGCCCUACGAGGAGAUCGACAGCGCCCCCGAGGAGAAGGCGCGCGGCAUCACCAUCAACGCAGCGCACGUGGAGUACAGCACCCCGAGGAGGCACUACGCCCACACCGACUGCCCCGGGCACGCCGACUACGUCAAGGUGGGAACAGCCCCGGAGGAGAAAAUCAAGUUAGUGGUCAAAGCCUCAACUCUGGGGGCGUGGCCAGGUGAGACACAGCACCUGCUGCUGGCCCGGCAGGUGGGGGUCCAGCACGUCGUCGUUUACCUGAACAAGGCGGACGCGGUGCCGGACCCGGAGCUGCUGCCGCUGGUGGAGCUCGAGGUGCGGGAGCUGCUCAGCGAGUUCGGCUUCGACGGCGACAAAACGCCCGUGGUGGUGGGGUCGGCCCUGUGUGCUUUACAGGACCGUGACCCCGAGCUCGGUCUCCAGUCCAUCCUGCGGCUGCUCGAGGCCGUGGACUCGCACAUCCCCCAGCCCCCGCGGGACCUGGAGCGGCCCUGCCUGCUGCCCAUCGAGGCCGUGCACUCCAUACCAGGGCGUGGCACGGUGGUGACGGGCACGCUGGAGCGCGGAACUCUCCGGAAGGGCGACGAGGUGGAGCUGCUGGGCUACGGCCGCACGCUGCGCUCCGUGGUCACCGGGAUUGAGAUGUUCCACAAGAGCCUGGAGGUGGCCGAGGCCGGGGACAACCUGGGGGCGCUGCUGCGGGGGCUGCGGCGCGAGGACGUGCGCCGGGGCAUGGUCGUGGCGCAGCCGGGGACGCUGCAGCCCCAGCAGAAGGUGGAGGCGCAGGUGUACGUGCUGUCCCCGCAGGAGGGCGGGCGCCACAAACCCUUCGUGUCCCACUACGCGCCCGUCAUGUUCUCGCACACGUGGGACAUCGCCUGCAGGGUGCUGCUGCCCCCCGGCAAGGACCUGGUGAUGCCGGGCGAGGACGCGGCGCUGGCGCUGCUGCUGCGGCAGCCCAUGGUGCUGGAGCGGGGGCAGCGCUUCACCCUCAGGGACGGCUCCCGGACCAUCGGCACCGGCGUGGUGGCCAAGGUGCUGCCGCUGGGGGAGGGGGACGCCGACGUCAACUGGGGCUGACCCUCCCCCACACCGGGCUGACCCCUCCCCCCACUGACAGCGACGUCAGCUGGGGCUGACCCCUCCCCCACACCGGGGGCUGACCCUCCCCCCACUGCUGGGGCUGA